AUGGAAACGUACAAGAAUAAUCAAUCAACGGUCGAGUUUGAUCCUAUGUGCGACAAAGAAAAUCCUCAAAAGAUCUCCUUCGAGGAUGUUUCAGCUGCUGCCUUUAGAAUUCAGAGUGGGAUUGUAAAAACGCCAUGUGUGAAAUCUCACAUGUCUUCUUUUUACGGUAUGGAUAUAUAUCUGAAAAAUGAUUUUCUUCAGCACACAGGAAGUUUCAAAGAACGCGGAGCCCGAAACGCCUUACUGCUUUUAUCCAAGGAGGCCAAGCAACAUGGAGUCAUCUCCGCCUCGCUGGGAAAUCACUCGCAAGGUCUCAGCUACCACGCCAAUCUACUGCAUAUUCCCACUACCGUGGUGAUGCCCAACGUUGCUCCGAUCAUGAAGAUACAGAAGUGCCGUUCGUAUGGAGCGAAGGUCAUUAUUCAUGGUCACGACAUGAAAGAGGCUAAGCACCAUGCUAUGAGCUUGGCGAAGGAAAAAGGACUCACUUAUAUUAACGGGUAUGACCAUCCGCACAUAAUGGCCGGUCAAGGCACCGUUGGGCUGGAGAUACUGGAGCAAGUGCCUGACGUAGACGCGGUUCUAGUUCCGGUGGGCGGCGGCGGGUUGCUGGCUGGCGUUGGCACUGCCAUCAAACAUCUUAAGCCCCAUGUGCUUAUUUAUGGCGUUGAGACGGAGAAAUGCCCAAGCAUGAGGAUGGCCAUGAAGCAUGACGAACCAGUGAGUGUGGAGAUCCGGUCGACUCUGGCUGACGGUCUAGCCGUACCCACAGUUGGAUACAACGCCUACCGUACCGUGAAACCAAUCGUAGACAAAUUAAUCACGGUGAACGAGGAUUGGAUAGCGCGAGCUAUCUUACGACUAGUCGAACAAGAGAAAUACGUCGUAGAAGGCGGCGGCGCCGUGGGCGUUGCAACUAUCAUGGCUGGACUUGUACCCGAACUAGCCAACAAGAAAGUAGUGUGUAUUCUAUCUGGCGGGAACAUUGACACCACAAUCCUGGGCCGGUGCUUGGAGCGAGGUCUCGCGGCUGAAAGCCGGCUGGUCAAGUUCAAAGUGACCGUAAGCGACCGUCCUGGAGGUAUCGCUGAACUUUGUAAGCUCAUCGCGUCCAUCGGCGUCUCAAUAAAGGAUAUCAUGCAGGAACGAGCUUGGGUCUUCGGUGAUAUAUUCAGCGUUCGGGUAAAAGUUGUGUGCGAAACCCGGGGUCCAGAGCACUUGGACGAGUUGCGCACAUUGAUCGCCAGUACAUACAAGGAAUGGGAUUUUGCGCGAGAGUGUGAGUUAGAUAACUAUCCGCGAAGGAUUAGCACCGACUCCCUCGACAAUGUGUCGCACUAG